AUGGUGAUAGCAGGACUGGUACCGGCGCAUCUCCUGGCGUGGGAGCGCUCCGAGAGGCACAGGCGGAAGAGCGAAGAGGACCAGGAACGAUUGAAGGACGUGAUCCGGGAAGAAGUUAUCCACAAGUGGCAGCAAGAAUGGAACCGUGAGCCUAACGGACAAUGGACGAGGAGUCUGAUUAAGGAUCUGUCAGCAUGGGUGAACCGGAAGCAUGGAACCGUGGAUUUUCAUACAACCCAAAUGCUGUCCGGCCACGGGUGCUUUGGGAAGUACCUUUGGAGGUUCAAAAAACUGGACAACCCAAGGUGCAUUGAUUGCGGGGAACCCACGGACGACGCGGAGCACGUGAUGUUCCGGUGCGGCAGAUGGGAGAGGGACCGCCGUGCACUAGAGGUGGAGCUGGAAGAACCGAUAGGCGCAAACAACAUCGUUGAAAUCAUGCUCAAGAGGAAUACGAACUGGGAAGCUGUGAAAAGAUUCAUCGGGAGAGUUCAGUUCAGAAGGGAAGAAGAGGAAAGAGUAAGACAGAAGAGAAACCAUUAG